AUGGUAUAUGCCGUGGAUCGUGGUAUUCCCCGUCAGACCUCUUACUGUCGCGUUGAAAUUGCUGUCACGGAUGUUAACGACAACGCGCCCAAAUUUGUCUAUCCAACGCAGAACAACCAUACCAUUCACUUCUCCUCCUGGAAUUCCCCGGAACAUCCACUUGUUAAACUGACGGCUGUGGACAAGGAUGAAGGACCAAAUGCGGAGCAGGUGUUCCUUAUCGCUGAAGGCAAUGAAAAGGGCAUUUUCCAACUGGAUCCUCAAACUGGAGACUUGAGUUUAAAGCCGGAACUUGAGCUCACCUCCAUCCAGGGACGCUAUCAACUGAAGCUCGAGAAGUUGAACGAAUGGCGCAAUCUAUGUUACGGCUUCUAG